AUGCGGAAGGACGCUGCCGCCGCCGGCAUUGCGCCGGGUUCGGCCCCCGCGCUGCUCUGCUUCGACCUCAAGCCCUUCCUCGCCGCGCUCACCGUGCUCACGCUCCUCGCCGCCGCCUGGCAGCUCCGCCCCUACCACUCCGUCCUCGCUUCCCCAUUCUCGGCGGCGUGCCCGCAACCCACCGCCGGCGCCUCGCUCCCCCGUGCGCUCGCCAUCCACGCCAAGAAGGCCUCCCCUGCUUCCUCUUCCGCCACCACCAACUCCACCGCUUCCUCCUCCUCGCCGCCGCCCGGCCCCGAGCGACGAGAGUUCCGCGCCGUGGGCAGCGCGGCGGCGCUGUUCGUGCAGAUGGGCGCGUACCGCGGUGGACCCUACACCUUCGCGGUCGUCGGGCUCGCGUCCAAGCCCACGCACGUCUACGGCAAGCCCUGGUUCCGCUGCGAGUGGGAGCCCAACGUCGCCUCCUCGCCGCCGAUGCGCGCGGCCAAGACGUACCACAUGCUUCCGGACUGGGGCUACGGCCGCGUGUACACCGUCGUCGUCGUCAACUGCACGUUCCCGCGAGUCCCCAACGCUGACAACGCCGGCGGGAAGCUCAUCCUCUACGCGCACUACGGGCCGUCGCGGUCCCCCGCGUCCCGCCACGAGCGGAUCGUCGCGCUGGAGGAAAGCCCCGGCGCCUACGACGAGGCCGCGUUCCGGGGGACGCCGCCGCACAGGUACGACUACCUCUACUGCGGCUCCUCGCUGUACGGCAACCUCAGCGCGGCGCGGGUGCGGGAGUGGAUGGCGUACCACGCGCGCUUCUUCGGCGCCCGCUCCCACUUCGUGUUCCACGACGCCGGCGGCGUCAGCCCCGCCGUGCGCGCCGCGCUCCAGCCUUGGGUGCGCGCCGGCCGGGCCACGCUGCAGGACGUGCGCGCGCAGGCCGAGUACGACGGAUGGUACUACAACCAGUUCCUCGUCGUCAAUGACUGCCUGCAUCGGUACCGGCACGCCGCCAAGUGGACCUUCUUCUUCGAUGUCGACGAGUACAUCUUCCUGCCCGACGGCCGCACGCUCGAGGAUGUGCUCGCCGAGCUUGAACCGUACACGCAGUUCACCAUCGAACAGAACCCAAUGUCGAGCAAGUUGUGCGUCAAUAAUCCGGAGGCCGACUAUUCCAACCAGUGGGGAUUUGAGAAGCUGGUUUUCCGGAACUCGAUCACUGGGGUGAGGAGAGACAGGAAGUAUGCAAUUCAGGCCAAGAACGCAUACGCCACAGGUGUUCAUAUGUCUGAGAAUGCUAUAGGCAACACCACGCACAAGACGGAGCACCUCAUCCGAUACUACCACUACCACAACACCAUCAACGUCCUCGGCGAGGUGUGCCGUGAGUUCGUCUCCGUCCCACCAAAGGGUGGCCUAACAUGGUCCGAUAAGACGCCCUGGUACUACGACGACAGCAUGAAGCGCGUCGCCGAUGCUGUGCGUGAAUUCGAGAGGGAUACCAUUGGCGAUGUGCGGCUAUGA